AUGACUACUGCAGCUAGUGCAAACCAAGCUGUUAAGUUACACAGUCCUCAAAUGGUUCAAAAUGGACCUGAUCAUGAUAACAACAACAACAAUGUUACUAAUAAUCCAAAUGCAGUUGCAACUACUACUGGUGCAACCGGUUCAGCUGCUAAUGAGCAAAUAGACCAUUUGGCUCAAUCUACUGCUGAAACUUGGCUUUCAAUUGCUUCCUUAGCUGAAACAUUAGGUGAUGUCGAUCGUGCCGCUAUGGCCUAUGACGCUACUUUACAAUUUAAUCAAUCUUCGACUAAAGCGUUGACCUCUUUGGCAGAUUUGUAUAGAUCUCGCGAUAUGUUCCAAAGAGCUGCUGAACUAUAUGAACGUGCUUUAGCUGUGAAUCCAGAAUUAUCUGACGUUUGGGCAACUCUAGGUCAUUGUUAUUUAAUGCUAGACGAUUUACAAAGAGCUUAUAACGCUUAUCAACAAGCUUUAUACCAUUCGUCUAACCCUAAUGUCCCUAAAUUAUGGCAUGGUAUCGGGAUCCUUUAUGAUCGUUAUGGAUCUUUGGAUUAUGCUGAAGAAGCUUUUGCUAAAGUAUUGGAAUUGGAUCCACAUUUCGAAAAGGCUAAUGAGAUUUACUUCAGAUUAGGGAUAAUCUAUAAACAUCAAUCAAAAUGGAACCAAGCUCUUGAAUGUUUCAGAUAUAUCUUAUCUCAACCUCCUGCUCCUUUACAAGAAUGGGAUAUCUGGUUUCAACUAGGGUCCGUCCUGGAAUCCAUGAAUGAAUGGCAAGGUGCAAGAGAGGCCUACGAACAUGUCCUGUUACAAAACGAACAUCACGCAAAGGUCCUUCAACAAUUAGGUUGUUUGUAUGGUAUGAACAACGUUCAAUUUUAUGACCCACAAAAGGCCUUGAAUUAUCUAUUAAAAUCUUUGGAAGUAGACCCCUCUGAUGCCACUACUUGGUAUCAUCUUGGUAGAGUCCAUAUGAUUAGAUCUGAUUACACCGCAGCCUAUGAUGCAUUCCAACAAGCUGUCAACAGAGACUCAAGAAACCCUAUCUUUUGGUGUUCUAUUGGUGUGCUUUACUACCAAAUCUCACAAUAUAGAGAUGCGUUGGACGCUUACACUAGAGCCAUUAGAUUGAACCCUUACAUCAGUGAAGUCUGGUACGAUUUGGGUACUUUAUAUGAAACUUGUAACAAUCAAUUGACUGAUGCUCUGGAUGCUUAUAAACAAGCUGCAAGAUUAGAUCCUGAAAAUAUCCAUAUUAGAAAGAGAUUAGAGGCCUUAACUCAACAAUUGUCAAACCCACAACAACAACAGGGUCAAAAUGGAAACAAUCCUCCGCAACCAUUACAAGUGCCACAACAGUUACAAGUGCCACAACAACCUCAAAUACCAGGUCAACAACCAGGACAAUUAGGUGUAAAUACUACAACUGGUCAACAAAACGAAAAUGGGGAACAGGUACCAAUUAUGUUGCAACCAACUUUGCAACAAACAGACAAUGCAAACCCAUUGAAUGUGAGACCUCCAAACUCAACUAUGUAUGCAACCGGUCCAUUGAAUCAACAACAACAGCAAGGCCAAACACCUCAACAACAAACAGGUCAACCUUUGUUACAACCACCCCAAAAUAAUGUUGCUUUGACGAUGGAUCCCCAAAUGCAGAACCAAUCGCAAUUGUUACAGCAAGUACAGGCUCAACAACAACAACAACAGCAGGCUGAAGUUCAAGCGCAAGUUCAAGCUCAAGCUCAAGCUCAAGCUCAAGCUCAAGCACAAGCUCAGGCCCAAGCACAAAUGGAAGCUCAAGCAAGAGCCCAAGCAGAGGCUCAAGUUCAACAAGCCCAAGCCCAAGCUCAAGCUCAACAAGCUCAAGUUCAACAAGCUCAAGCUCAACAAGCCCAAGCCCAAGCCCAAGCACAAGCCCAAGCCCAAGCACAAAUGGAAGCUCAAGCAAGAGCCCAAGCAGAGGCUCAAGUUCAACAAGCCCAAGCCCAAGCUCAAGCUCAACAAGCUCAAGUUCAACAAGCUCAAGCUCAACAAGCCCAAGCCCAAGCCCAAGCACAAGCCCAAGCCCAAGCCCAAGCCCAAGCCCAAGCACAAGCCCAAGCACAAGCCCAAGCCCAAGCUCAAGCUCAAGCACAAGCUCAAGCUCAAGCACAAGCACAACAAGCCCAAGCCCAAGCCCAAGCCCAAGCUCAAGCAGAGGCACAAGCAAGGGCACAAGCAGAGGCUCAUGCAAGGGUCCAGGCUCAACAACAACAACAGGCUCAGGCCCAAGCGGAAGCCGAAGAACAAGCAAGACUCCAAGCACAAGCUCAAACAGAAGCCGAAGAACAAACAAGACUUAAAGCCGAAGAGCAAACGAAAUUACAAGCUCAAGUAUUGGCCGAAGCACAAGCCAAAACCGAAGCUGAUGCCAAAGUUCUGACUGCAGCUGAAAGUAAAGAGAAAUCGGAAGCGGACGAACAAGCCAAGGCACAAAGCCAGCCUCCUCAAUUACCUCAAAUACAACAGUUACAAAGUUCAGCAGAAACAUCUUCUGCAGUCUCGAUCCCUCCAAUCUCGAAGUUAGCUUCAGGAGAUAAAUUUGAAUCACAAAAAAUAUCUCCUGCAGAUGCCAGCGAAAUAACUCAAAACCAGGAUUCAAUGAACUUAUCUACCAUGAAUACUCCAGUAGUUGCUAAUACUACUGCUACUGAAGUAGGUAUUAGCACACCUGAAUCAACCAGUACAACUCAAACUCAAGAUACUACUUCAACUUUACCACAAAAAAGACUGAGUGACAGCACCAUACAUACCCUUGUUAAUGUUGCAACGAUAACCACCGAGGAAAACCUUCAGGAAGAUAAAUCUGAAGAGCCAGAAUCCAAGAAACAAAAAAUAGAGGAUACUAACAUUCCGGUUGCAACCAAUAAUAGUGUAAGCCCACCACCUGAGACUACACCCUCUGUAACCGACUCCACACCAAUACCUAUAACCGCUACUUCAACUGAACAACUUCCUUCAACUUUGGUGGAGUCUGUAACAAGUGGUGACAACAUCAUUGAAACUAGCAAAGAGAGAACGGCCACUUCAGAUCUGGCCACUGUUAAAGACGCCACCGUCGAAACAACCACCGACGUUUCUACCGGUGAACCGACCUCGAUCAAAGACGAAUUGAAGGAACCAGUGAAAGAAGUUACAGCUGAAGCUUCUUGCGAUUCCGUUGCCAAACAUGAAGAAACAGAGAAAACAGAAGGAACUAAGGACUCCACGGAAGUAACUCAACCGCAUGGUGAUGAUGUGGCAAUUGAUUCCGAAAAAACUACUGAAGACCAAAAUGGUAAAGAAUCUAUAUCAGAAGCUGCUGAAGAAACCGUUAUCAAACCAUCUGCUGAGGCUAUGGAAGCUUUAGCUGAAGAAGCCAGAAUUAGAGAAGAGGAAGAACAUGAAAGAAACAAUACAAACGGUCGUUCUGGUGAUUCUGAAAAGGAUGCGUCCACUAAGGAUGGUACCAGUUCCAAUUCUAUCGAUGAUAAGACUACCGAACCACCAAGGGAAGGUGUCGCUAGACAAGUUGAAGAGGACGAAAAUUACGAUGAUUAA